GAAGGUCGGUCGCUCUAAGGCUAAGGGCUUAAUGUCUGCUGUAGUUACUAACUUUUCUCCGGUCUCCAACAAAUUUACUGUUGCUCUAUGUGUACUGAAUCAGUGGGCGCUUGACUUUAGUGGAAAUACUAGACGUGUAAUUGAAAGUAUUAAAACUGCUAAACGCUUGGGAGCUAAGUAUAGAGUUGGCCCAGAACUAGAGGUCUCAAGUUACGGAUGUGAAGAUCAUUUUCAUGAAUCGGAUACCUAUAAUCAUUCAUGGCAAUGCAUUGCAAAAAUAUUGAGUGAAACAAAUGAAAAUGUUGAAAUGCAAGAUAUUGUUUGUGAUAUUGGAAUGCCAGUGUUACUGGGAGGUGUGGCUUAUAACUGCAGAAUUCUUUUGUUAAAUGGGACUAUUCUAUUGAUACGACCGAAAUUAGUCCUCGCAGAUGAAGGUUUGCACAGAGAGUCUCGUUGGUUUACGCCUUGGCCUCAUCACCAGAGAAUCAUUGACUUUGAGUUGCCCGAAAUAGUGCAGAAAGUAACCAAGAAUUCUCAGUCAGUAGCAGCUUUUGGUGAUGCUAUUUUACGAUUUUCUGGAAAUGGCUAUUUUGAAUGUGUACAGAUAGGCUUGGAAACAUGUGAAGAGCUUUGGACGGGAACACCACCUCAUAUUGAUAUGUAUGCAGCUGGUGUGGAUGCUGUGCUCAAUUCCAGUGCCAGUCACCAUGAACUGAGAAAACUAAAUAGAAGAAUAGAACUAGUGAAAUCUGCUAGCGCAGCGAAUGGUGGUGGAUUCUAUGCGUAUACAAAUCUUAGAGGAUGCGAUUCUGGGAGAGCUUGUUACGACGGUUGUGCAUUAGCCGCAGUUUCCGGUCAGCUAAUUUGUCUGAGCCCACAGUUUGGAUUUGGGGAUGUCUCUGUUGAAACUGUCACUGUUUGUCUAAAUUCACUAAGAUCAAAGCGAAUUGCCAGUCGUUGUUUUGGGCGUGUGGCUGCAGCUAGUGCAGCUGCGAAAUCCGAUGCAUUUGGCAUUACACACAGUUGUUAUCCAGUUGUUAAGGUUGAUUUCAAUCUUUGCCAUAUUGACCUUUGGCCUGAUCAGUCCUUACAGCAUCACGUUGAUACUCAUAUUCUCUCACCUCCAGAAGAGAUUUCUUGUGGUCCUGCAUUAUGGUUAUGGGACAAUUUACGCCGAAGCAAGUCUUCAGGAUUUUUUCUUUGCCUGAGUGGAGGUUUGGACAGUGCAGCAGUUGCGUGUAUUGUGUUCAGUCUUUGUAAUCAAAUCUUUCAAGCUAUAAGACAAGGUAAUGUGUCCGUUACGCACGAGUUACGAACUAUAUUGAAUGAAUCGGAUAAAUACAUCCCUGACAGUGGUCGUCAAUUAUGUUCUCGUCUACUAACAACUUGUUUUAUGUCAAGUGAGAACAGUUCUGCGCUUACAAGAUCACGUGCUAAUCGCUUAGCUAAACUUUUAGGUUCAAAUCAUUUAGAAUCCGAUAUUACACCACUGGUAAAAGAAUUUGUCCAUAUGGCUUCCAAGACUUUGAAUCUUGCUCAACCACCUCGUUUCACUGUUCAUGGCGGUUCAAGUAAAGAGAGUUUAGCUCUUCAAAAUAUACAAGCUAGAAGUCGUAUGGUUUCAGCAUAUUUACUGGCUCAGUUAAUACCAUGGAAAUGGAAUUUGCCGUCAGGUCUGUUAGUUUUAAGUAGUGCAAAUCUAGAUGAAGGACUAAGAGGUUAUUUAACAAAGUAUGACUGUUCCAGUGCAGACUUAAAUCCUAUUGGAAGUAUCAGUAAGUCAGAUUUACGAUUGUUUAUUGCUUACUGUGCUCAAACGUUCCCAAGUUAUAUGGAUUCUGGAAGUGGAGUUGAACUUUCGGAAGUACUGUUAGAAAUCUUAUCUGCUCAUCCAACAGCUGAACUAAUGCCACCUCAAUCUAACGGUGAAAUUAGUCAGACAGAUGAAUGUGAAAUGGGAUUGACCUAUGACGAAUUAUCAUUAUUUGGUAGACUUAGAAAAAUAUCCAACUGCGGACCUUACAGUAUGUUAGAAUCAUUAUUGGACGGUAGUUGGUUGCUGAUUAAGAAGGUUAUACCUGAUAGUUGUUUUCAAAAAGAUGGGAAACCUGGUGCUGAACUUGCUCAAUAUCUUAGCGAAAAAGUGAAAUUGUUUUUCCGUUUUUAUGCUAUCAAUCGUCAUAAGGCUACGGUUUUACCACCAGCUUAUCAUACUGAGGCUUACAGUGCUGAUGAUAACCGGUUUGAUUUCCGUCCGUAUUUGUAUCCUAAUGACUGGAAUUGGCAAUUUACUUGUCUAGAUUUACUGGUAAAGAAAUGGAUAGAACAAUUCGAGUGACUCUAUUCGGAUCGUUUUAUCUAAGGACCUGUUUACUGGAACAUUCUUUUGAUUCUGGUCAACCUAUAUCAUUUAGAAUUAUUUACAUAUUUUUCCACAAUCACACUGCAGAAUUAUUCUUUAGUGUGGUACUUCUAUAAGUUUUUUUUAUGUGAUAGUGUAAUUUCUCUGAACAUUGUGUAUCAUAACUUUAUUAAACCUCAACAAGUGACUUAUCAAUGAUGAUAAAGUAAAGUUAUAUUA